GAUAGCGCAUAAUGGCGGCAACCACGUCUGCAGGGGUGCCGGCGAUCUUGUCGGAAAAGCAAGAGUUUUAUCAGCUUCUGAAGAACCUCAUCAAUCCAAGCUGUAUGGUGGGGAGGCAAGAAGAGGAAAUCUACGAAAAUAUCCCAGGAUCCUCAUCCAAGGGUGAGGGCUGCAGCCUGUACUACACUUGGACAGAUGGCUACAGAUUUUGCACCUAAUUUCCGAAAGAAAUUUC